UUUAUUUUGUUUUUGGACAAAAACAAAACAAACAAGAAAAGAAAAGAAGAAAUUUUUAUGAAUUAUCUUAAAGAAAAAUUUAAUUAUUUAUUUAAAAAAAGAGCAAGUUGUGUUGUUUCCAUAAAUAAGUCCACGUUUAAGGUUUCUAAGGAACUUUUGUUGUUUUUGAUUCGAAAUUUGUUGUUUUCUUUGUUUUUGUAAUUUAUUAAAUGCAAUGACAAUCACAACAUAAAACACCCCAUUUAUUAAAGGAGAGAGCAUUAACAGGACAAAAGAGAGACGGUAACCAAGAGAGUCCAGACUGACAUUUAAACAAAUAAAGGAGCUUGCUUAAAUCACAAUUAAACAGAGAGUGAGAGUGUAAAAUCAAAGACCCGUUGUCUUAUUUGACAUUGCAAUUACGAAAUUAAAUUUUUUUUAUUAAAAAAAAUAAACUAUUGUUGCUGAGUUGUUAAAAGAAACUAAUAAAUCUUAUAAACAAUUACAUUGUUGGAAACACUGUUAAAAAAAGUAUAUCAAAAGAAACCUUAAAAUGACUCCCUUUGAUGAUUUUUCGUAUCUAAUAAAUCAUGUAUUAUUGGGCGAAGAGCCGACUAUAGAAGAUUUUAUAUUAUUGGUGGGCACGGUGGUGGCAUUUGUAGCUUUUGUUCUAUGGUGUUGUUUUCCCAUACAGCCCAAGGACUCGGCCAAUCAUCGACAGUUUUCCUGUAAAACCAUGCACUCGAUUAACAGCUCUUCACAUCAAAUGCAAACCAGUUAUAGUAAAACUUCUACCAAUGCUUUGGUCCACAAUGAUUAUAUAUUAAGAAAUGGUUCCUCUUCGAAUGGGGCAGGCAGUGGUAGUGGUGGUGGUGGCCAUUCAUAUCAUUGUUGCACUUAAAUGAGACUCGACCUCCUCCUUCUUCUCCUGUCACCACAAACACGCCCCUUAACAGCUUUUUUGAACAGGUUUUUUUCGGGUUUUAAUUUAAAACUAAACAAAAGACAGACAUUAUUAAACACAAUUGUCAAAAAAUUAUUAAUAUUUAAGUCUAAUUAAGCUUAAAACCUUUUAAGCUUUAUUAAAACAAAGAAAGGAUAUUAGCAACAGGGGGUUUUAGUAAAAAUGAAUAUUUGGUUUCAAAAACCAUUUAAUCGGCUUGUAAUAAUUGACUUAGUAAUUAAAAUAUAUUAUAAUUUAAUUAAUUUUAGAAAAUUUAGUUUAAACAAAAAAUAUGCAAUUUAUGUUAAUUUUAAGAAAAACUAGUCUGGUUUUUUAUUAAAUAAAAACCGGUUACUUUAUAUAAAAAUUACGAUUAUUUUAUAUUACACAAUAUUUUAAAGAAAAUUUUACCCUUCCAAAGAAAGCCUAGUGACUUAAAACUAGACUUUUUACCAAACUAUAGACUAGACUAGAAUGUAUACUACUAUAUAGCCUAGACUAUAUACUACAAUAUAGACAAGACUAUAGAAUAGAUUACAGACUA